UGAGGAAAGCCUGUUAGCUGAGGUUGCUAAAUGCUUGGCAGGGGGUGGAGAAGUGUGGCUGGCCUGUGGAUCUGCGCAGUCAUGCCUAGUGGGUGAAGGGCACUGGAACAGGAUUGUUAUGAGGACUCUGCCCCUGCUCCAGGGCUAAUCAGCCUCAAUGGAAGGCUGGUCAUGAUUUCAAGGACCUUCAUUCCAUCACCAGAUGGCACCUGCUAUCCACAGCCUCCUGACCAGCCACCAUGUCUCCUGGGCACCUCUCUGUACCAUCUAGGUGGUAGUGCUAAGCCCGUUUCCUGCUCAAGAGUCUUCCAGUGGCUUCACCGUGCUCUGUGAAAUUUGACUAAUUAUAAAGAAGAAUUUAAUGUUAGAAUCUUUCCCAGAGCUGGCUCACCUGUCCUUGUAGUCUGGGGUUCUCAGCCGAGCCUGGUCCUUUGUUCCCCAUCAUUUUCUUCUGGCAAGGGACAUCUUGAAGCUUCCUGGUCCAUGAAGCGUUCUGUUCCUUGACCCUGGGUGGUGCUUAACAUAAAGGAAGCCAAAGAUCACGAGAAUCAAAGUGGAUUUGAACUUCCCCUGCCUCAGCUGCUAGAGUUCUGUUGGACUGUAGGCCUGAGUCCUGAGCUUGGACCUCUGUGAGCUUGCCUUAUAUCUGCCUGCCCACCGACUGGGGACACACUUGAGGGGAGGGGGAGAUACUCCAGCAUCUAGCAGAGGGGCCUGGCUCACAGAAGUGCACUCCCAUCCUGAAAUGAGAGUCUAUACUUUGAACAUCUAUUGGCUUGGACCCACCCAUCCAUCCACCUAGCAGGUGCAGAGCCAGCCCCACAGCCUCUUCAGAGGAGCCUCUCAAGCCCAAGCAGUAGCUGGUGUUAGGCACCAUCUCGUAGCCCUGGAAGCCGCUGCCACUGCCCUCCGCUGCACCAACGUCCGUCAGCCUGACAGAGUUAGAUAUGAAUCCCGUGCACCCAGAAAACGAGGAAAUGGCCACCAAAGAGAAGCUGCAAUGUCUGAAAGACUUCCACAAAGACAUCCUGAAGCCUUCGCCAGGGAAGAGCCCAGGCACACGGCCUGAGGAUGAGGCUGAGGGGAAGCCCCCUCAGAGGGAGAAGUGGUCCAGCAAGAUUGACUUUGUGCUGUCUGUGGCCGGAGGCUUCGUGGGUUUGGGCAACGUCUGGCGUUUCCCGUACCUCUGCUACAAAAAUGGUGGAGGUGCUUUCCUCAUACCGUAUUUUAUUUUCCUGUUCGGGAGCGGCCUGCCUGUGUUUUUCCUGGAGGUCAUCAUAGGCCAGUACACCUCAGAAGGGGGCAUCACCUGCUGGGAGAAGAUCUGCCCCUUGUUCUCUGGCAUUGGCUACGCGUCCAUCGUCAUCGUGUCCCUCCUGAAUGUGUACUACAUUGUCAUCCUGGCCUGGGCCACGUACUACCUAUUCCAGUCCUUCCAGAACGAGCUUCCCUGGGCCCACUGCAACCACAGCUGGAACACCCCGCAUUGCAUGGAGGACACCCUGCGUAAGAACGAGAGUCUCUGGGUCGCCAUUAGCACCACCAACUUCACCUCACCUGUCAUCGAGUUCUGGGAGCGCAAUGUGCUCAGCCUGUCCUCCGGAAUCGACGACCCAGGCGCUCUGAAAUGGGACCUUGCGCUCUGCCUCCUCUUAGUCUGGCUCGUCUGUUUUUUCUGCAUCUGGAAGGGGGUUCGAUCCACAGGCAAGGUUGUCUACUUCACCGCCACUUUCCCGUUUGCCAUGCUUCUGGUGCUGCUGGUCCGUGGACUGACCCUGCCAGGUGCUGGUGAAGGCAUCAAAUUCUACCUGUACCCCGACAUCAGCCGCCUCGAGGACCCACAGGUGUGGAUCGACGCUGGAACCCAGAUAUUCUUUUCCUAUGCCAUCUGCCUGGGGGCCAUGACCUCACUGGGAAGCUACAACAAGUACAAGUAUAACUCGUACAGGGACUGUAUGCUGCUGGGAUGCCUGAACAGUGGUACCAGUUUUGUGUCUGGCUUCGCAAUUUUUUCCAUCCUGGGCUUCAUGGCACAAGAGCAAGGGGUGGACAUUGCUGAUGUGGCUGAGUCAGGUCCUGGCUUGGCCUUCAUUGCCUACCCAAAAGCUGUGACUAUGAUGCCGCUGCCCACCUUUUGGUCCAUUCUGUUUUUUAUUAUGCUCCUCUUGCUUGGACUGGACAGCCAGUUUGUUGAAGUCGAAGGACAGAUCACAUCCUUGGUUGAUCUUUACCCGUCCUUCCUAAGGAAGGGUUAUCGUCGGGAAAUCUUCAUCGCCAUCGUGUGUAGCAUCAGCUACCUGCUGGGGCUGACGAUGGUGACGGAGGGUGGCAUGUAUGUGUUUCAACUCUUUGACUACUAUGCAGCUAGUGGUGUAUGCCUUUUGUGGGUUGCAUUCUUUGAAUGUUUUGUUAUUGCCUGGAUAUAUGGCGGUGAUAACUUAUAUGACGGUAUUGAGGACAUGAUUGGCUAUCGGCCUGGGCCCUGGAUGAAGUACAGCUGGGCUUUCAUCACCCCGGCUCUCUGUGUUGGAUGUUUCAUCUUCUCUCUUGUCAAGUAUGUACCCCUGACCUACAACAAAGUCUACGUGUACCCUGAUUGGGCGAUCGGGCUGGGCUGGGGCCUGGCCCUUUCCUCCAUGGUGUGUAUCCCCAUGGUCAUUGUCAUCCUCUUCUGCCGGACGGAGGGACCGUUCCGCGUGAGAAUCAAAUACCUGAUAACCCCCAGGGAACCCAACCGCUGGGCUGUGGAGCACGAGGGGGCCACGCCCUUCAACUCCCGCUCGAACCUCAUGAAUGGCGCACUCAUGAAACCCAGUCACGUCAUCGUGGAGACCAUGAUGUGAGGUCCGGGCCAUGCGACAGGCGCCGCUCCCCUGCUGUUUACUAACGUUAGAUUCUCAUAGGACCAGGUUUACAGAGCUUUAUAUUUGUACUAGGAUUUUUUUUUUAAUUGUCACAGAAAAUGUUACUCUAUGUGUAUGUGUGUAUGUGUGUGUGUGUCAUGUGUGUGUCUGUCUAUGUGUAUUUUGUUUUGAUUUGGGGGAUAUUUUGUACAAAAAGAACCCACGGGCCUAUGUCCUGGGGAGAGGAUGGACUUUCUUAUUGAUUUUGAUGUAUUUUAUGGGAACUUGGUAAAUUUUUCUUUGUAAUUUUUUUUAACAUAUAACGAUAUAUAUACUUAGAGUCUGUCAUACACUUUACCACUUGAAUUGGUCUUGCCAGCAAUGGAUUUCGUUUUCAAAAGCAAUUCUUCGGUGCUUACAUAGCUGGCAGAAAAUUCUGCCCAAAAACAAACAAAAAAAAAAAAAAAGAAAGAAAGAAAGAGAAAAAAAAAACACCUAAAUGCUGGGUGGAAUUUUCCUAUGAUGAUGGAUACAUCUUCAAGAAAGGUAUAGUCCCUUCUGGGCUGGUUCAGGAGGAAGAACACAGCUGAGGAGAGGGAGCCCCCACUAGCUGAACAGACCUGAGGGGCAGGAGAGAGCAGGGCUGUGGGGAGAACUAUCACUCUUUCUCAGCCAACAAGAAAGACGCCAAAAUAAUAACUCCCCCCUCAGCAUGAAGGAUUGAUUCUAAGAGCAGCCGAAGCCAUUGUACCAGGGCCCAACCCCCUCCCUUUUAUUUUGGAGUAGAGGGUGGGUAGUCAGUGGGAUUGUCUGAACCACCAUGGGUCUUAGAGGCAGGAAUGGGAAGUCUGAAAGGCAGGCGAGAAUGGGGCUGCGAUCUGGGAGCCUCAGCUGGCUUAGGCUGAGGCCAGUCCACAGGAGCUGCAAGGGCUUCAGAGUCAGGAUCACACACAAGAAGGGGCCGUUGUAUCUGAAUGGAGUCGUGGCGGAUGGUGGUCAGGGCAUUCCCCAAGCAGAAUGCAUCUUGGUGAGGGCCAGGAGGGAAGCCAGUGGACCAAAGGAUAUUAGCAGCUCAGGAGAGUGAGUGUACCCCAGACUGGCAAGUGUACCCCAGGAGGGCACUUUCCUCCUUGCCUCUUGACAAACUCUUGCUAAAGAUGCCACCCUAGGGCCAUCCAGCUCCUAGCACAGAAUGCCCAGCGUGGCUGUAGAUGCUGGAACUUAAAGGAUUUUAAUAAGUUCAAGUACAGAGCCAACUCGGUAGUGACCUCAGAUACUGUUUCCAAGCCUCUGCAGUGGCUGUUGGACGGGUGUUUGCCCCCUCGCCCCCAGGGAACUGAGAGAAGACAAAGGUGAAUUUUAUAGGUUGAGGUUGUCUCCACAGAGAUGAGGCCAGUGCCCCAGAGCUGGCUGACCUCAGGCAGGUCUGUUUCCUUCUGAACCAGGAGAGGGCGCUACACCUUCACCCCAGCCUCCACUGGGCCCAGCUGUGCCAUCCUGAACCAACAUGCCCUCCUGACAAAUGUACACAUUUUUCUGUCUCCAAAGUGUCUGCCAAGUGACCCUCUAGUCCUCUUCCAGUGGUUGUUGAGUCAGCCACCCGUGAUUGUACCGUGUUCCUACUGUCCUGUGUAUUUCUGGUUGCUCUUGUGUUAAUGUGAGUGUUGAGAGUUUUUCUUCCCUGAUUUUACCAACUUGUAACGUG